UAAAUAGUGGUGAUGUCAUGCGGGCAAGAUGGCGGAAGGGGAGGACGUGGGCUGGUGGCGGAGCUGGUUGCAGCAGAGCUACCAGACAGUGAAAGAGAAGUCCUCCGAAGCCUUGGAGUUCAUGAAGCGGGACCUGACAGAGUUCACCCAGGUGGUGCAGCAUGACACAGCCUGCACCAUCGCAGCCACCGCCAGCGUGGUCAAGGAGAAGCUGGCUACCGAAGGUUCCUUGGGGGCAACGGAAAAAAUGAAGAAGGGACUGUCUGAUUUCCUGGGGGUGAUAUCAGACACCUUUGCCCCCUCGCCAGACAAAACCAUUGACUGCGAUGUCAUCACCCUGAUGGGCACGCCUUCUGGCACAGCAGAACCCUACGAUGGCACCAAGGCUCGCCUUUAUAGCCUGCAGUCAGACCCGGCAACCUACUGCAAUGAACCAGAUGGGCCCCCGGAAUUGUUUGACGCCUGGCUUUCCCAGUUCUGCUUGGAGGAGAAGAAGGGGGAGAUCUCAGAGCUCCUUGUAGGCAGCCCCUCCAUCCGGGCCCUCUACACCAAGAUGGUCCCAGCAGCAGUUUCCCAUUCAGAAUUCUGGCAUCGGUAUUUCUAUAAAGUACACCAACUGGAGCAGGAGCAGGCCCGGAGGGAUGCCCUGAAGCAGCGGGCAGAACAGAGCAUCUCUGAAGAGCCUGGCUGGGAGGAGGAAGAAGAGGAGCCUGUGGGCAUUUCACCUAUGUCUCCAAAAGAAGUAAAGAUCCCUGUAGCCAAAACUUCCACAUUGCCUGAAGGAGCUGCUGGCCCCCAGAGCCUCUGUGAAGAGAAUCUUGUGACCCUAGUUGAACCCCCAACAGAGGUGACUCCGUCAGAGAGCAGCGAGAGCAUCUCCCUCGUGACACAGAUCGUCAACCCUGCCACCUCAUCUGAGACACCAGUGCUGCCCAAGGAGCUGUCCCAAAGGCUGCUGGAGGCAUCUUUGGAGGAACAGGGCCUGGCUGAGGAUGUGGGCGAGACUGGGCCCCCGCCCCUAGCUCACUCCAAGCCUCUCACCCCUACUGGCCGGCCCAGCGGCCCAGAGCCCAGGCCUCCUGCCAGAGUAGAGACUCUGAGGGAGGAAGUGCCCACAGACUUACGGGUGUUUGAACUGAAUUCAGACAGUGGGAAGUCCACACCCUCCAACAACGGAAAGAAAGGCUCAAGCACAGACAUCAGCGAGGACUGGGAGAAGGACUUUGACUUGGACAUGACUGAAGAAGAAGUGCAGAUCGCACUUUCCAAAGUGGAUGCAUCUGGGGAGCUGGAAGAUGUGGAGUGGGAGGACUGGGAAUGAGGGGAGCCAGAACAAGCAGCUCCCCCACCCACAGCACUCCCACCUCCCUUGCUUGCCUCAACCUGGCCCUGGAAGACACUGACUGAGAAUGUCCCCUAAAUGGCCUCUGCCAACCAGAGAGCUCUGUGUACAGAUCCUGGGUUGCUCCCUGCUGGUCCUUUGACACCUAAAAAGGCACCUCUGCCCAUUUACCUGGGAAGGGGCUCUCUAAAUGCAAGCCAGGAACUCUGACUUGUGUCAAUCAUAGGAUGACUGACCUAAGGGGAAGGAUACCUACCCCCAUCACCAGAAGAGCCUACAUUUCUCUCCUGAGUACCCACCAUUCCUGGGGACUCCUGCUGGGUAGUCCCAAGGAAUAGCUCAAGCCCCUCUGCCUGUGUAGUCAGAAGCUAAACCAUCGGCCUCUUGGAGCAAGCUGAGACAACACACUCUGUCCACCCAUUAGCAGGCAAGGAAGGUCAUGCCACCUGCUAUGGCUAGACAAGGACAUAGAGCUUGUGGCAAGAGAGCACAUUUUAGUUCCUUUCCCAGUGGGUAAGAGGUAUUAAUCUUGGGGAAGUUUUCCUCCCUCAGGAAAUCUCUUUCCCCUCCUAGACCUUUUCCAUUCCUGGUUCAGAAUUUGGAGACCAAACCCCAAGUUCCCACCUCCUUCCUUUCAUCCAGCCCAACUCUGGUACGUCCCCACACCCUUCCCAGGGCUUCUUCAUGUCAGAUGCACCCAAGUCCUUAGCCCAGCUGUGCCACCUGCAGGAAUCUGCUCUUGCAUUUCUUCCCUUCCCCAGGAAGGGAGGGGUCUACUUCAGGCCCUUCUGUGCAUUGCCUGCCAGGAUACCUUGUCCAACCAACUACCCACCUCAACUCCCCUGUAGCUUAGGACGUAAGCGAGCUCUUGGCAAUACAGAGCAGAGAUCAAAGCCGAGUACUCUGCCUCAGCCCUUCUGCUUCGUGAAGGGAUAUGUUGGGGGUGAACUUCUUGAGACUAUAUCGGACUUCUGCAAAAGCUCUUCUUCCUGAAGACAAACCCAGCCUUUGUGGCUCUCACUUUCCACUCUGGUCUAGCGUACCUCUCUUGGGGGAAUGAGGGGCUGCAGGAAUCCCUGGAGACCCUGGUGCUUCACGAUGCUGCUCUGGUGAUUCUUGUACAUAAUCUUGUGUGUUCACCACUGAUUUAAAGGGAUCAUGGUCAGGGUUGCCGAGGGAGUGGUGGUCACUUCCGCUUCAUACCUUCAACGAGGGGGUGGGAUGGAAAGAAUGCUGAAUCUUUUUUUGAUGGGAUGGGGUUUUUCUCUUUGUAAUUAUUUCUUUAGUUUAAUUAACCUUUUGGUUGUUUGUGCAAUAUUAUAUAUUUUAAAUUAUAAUGCAUCUCCCCAGAAUCUUUUGUAGCUGGGAAAAGAAAAAAGGAAAAAAAAAAAAAAAAAUUCUAACAGCUGUUAGUUUUGUAAUUAAAAAAGAAAGAAAAAUGAACUUUGUCCUGAACCUUUUACAGACUUGCCAUUAACAGCAUUAAAAAGAUUCAACAGAA